AUGGGGAGGACUGGUUUGUUUGAUCUUGAAAGACACUUCUACGGCGCAUACCACAACAACCCAGUUAACAUUUUGAUACACACUGUGUUUGUGUGGUCGAUAUUUUUCACCUCUCUGGUUCUUUUGCACUUCACACCUUCUCUGUACACUUUCCCAGCUGGGCAAAGUCAUGGUUUUCUAUUGAAUUUUGGGUUUGUUUUCACUGUGAUCUAUGCCUUGUUUUAUGUCUGCUUGGAUAAGAAAGCUGGAUCUUUGGCUACUUUGCUAUGUGUUCUCUGUUGGGUUAGAGCCAGUUUGCUUGCUGGUCGCCUUGGAUUUUCUUUGGAGUUACCUUCGAAGGCGAAGACAAUAUCGUCGUUGUUGAUCUCGGGUAAGACCCACUCCUUCUUGCUCCAGACGCCGGAGCCUUAG